UCUCAUAGGCGUUUGAAAUCGGACACCGCUGGCGUUGAGGCCCUCACAUUUGUGCGGAGGGAUACGUUGUUGCGUCUGACAAUGUGGACGGAGGUGGUGAAGAUGUCUACGAGAAGAAUGAAAUCAUCUCAGUUGUAACAACAAAAAAGGAAGACGCGACAUUAGCUACUAUAAUAGAUUUGUUUGCACACAGACUUGUUACAUUGAAGCAAACACGUGGGCGCUGUGUGAAAAGCAGGCUUACCGGGACAAAAGGAAGACAUCUACUGUGCUCCAAUGCGUUUCAGGCACUGAGGUCGAAAUUCUCUUGAAGUUUUAUGUUUUUCCCCUUGCGAGUCUCUUUUCUUUUUACUGUUGGAUAUCAGACACUUGGAGAGGAGAGGGUUUAUUAGAGACUGAAGGGUAUGAACGAACAGCAGCAAAGAAUGGCUGCAGUGGGAACUGACAAGGAACUCAGCGACCUCCUGGAUUUCAGUGCGAUGUUCGCACCUCCAGUAGCCAAUGGGAAGAACCGGACAAUGACACUUGCCAGCAGCCAGUUUGGUGGAUCAGCAAUAGAUGAGCGCAGCGGCUCUGGGUCUUGGGGCUCGGCAGAACAGAACAGUCCCUCUUUCAGCCAAGGACGGGGCUAUGGAGAAGGAUCCCACUACAGUGAGCAUGAAGGCUUGUCCACCCCAUUCAUCAGUUCAGGGAUCGCAGGUAAAAAUGAGAGGCCACCAUACCCUCCCUUUGGAAGCCAGCCUGGUUUUCUUCCCAGUGACAUUGCGAUGCCCAGCCCAGAUGCCAUGUCCCCUUCUGGCCUGAAAUCUGGCUCCCAGUUUUACCCAUCAUACCCCAACAACCCCAGGAGAAGGCCGCCUGAGGGAGGCAUAGACACCCAGCCAAAGAAGAUUCGGAAACCCCCUGGCCUGCCGUCCUCGGUCUAUGCCUCCACAUCUGGUGAUGAAUAUGCCAGGGACAAUGGAGGAUAUCCUGGUGCUAAGCCUGGAGCUGUCUACCCUGGCUCUUUCUACAUGCAAGAAGACCCCUGGUCAUCUUCUGGCUACUCUGCCAUGCUGGGCAACUCUCCUCACAUUGGACAGCCAGGCUCCUUCUCCGCAAUUAACCCGCAGGACAGGAUGAACUAUCCUCUGCACGGCAGCGAAGUCAACGGCUUCCACUCAGCCCCCACCACUUACAACCACACAUCCACCAUCAACGGAGAAGGCAUCAUGGCCAGCCGAGGCACCACAGCUGGCAGUUCAGGAGAUGAAAUUGGGAAGGCUCUUGCCUCAAUUUACCCAUCGGACCACAACAGUAAUAACUUCUCCUCAGCUCCGUCUACGCCUGGAUCUCCUCAGGCUAUUGCAGGAGCUCAGUCUCAGUGGCAAAGACCAACCACACCCAACUAUGAAGGGCAACCACACACACUGCAGAAUAAAAUGGAGGAUCGUUUGGAGGAGGCCAUUCAUGUACUGCGUAGCCAUGCUGUGGGCCAAGGCCCAGGCUUAGAGGGCGCCCACUCUGACAUGCACAGCCUGCUGUCUUCAGUACACAACGGAGGCCUUGGAGGCCUCUCUCCAGCUUUUCCUAAUGCGAGCCUUGCCCUCAGCAACAGACAUCCUGCAAUGCAGGGAGGGAAACAUGAGGAACCCACAGGCCUUCCUCCCAGCAGCACUCUUCUGCAUGGUCAUCACGCAUCCGGACCCACACCGUCAGCUGGCCAACCAGAAGGCUUCACCAGUCUCCCUGGUGGUAUGGCCCGCAGCACACACUCCUCCAGCAGCUCAGACAUAAAGAGAGAAGACAAAGAGGAUGAUGAAAACUCUCUUGCAGACAAGUCAGAGGAUGAAAAGAAGGACUCCAAGGUGGCGCGUAGUCGAACAAGAAAGGAGGCGUUGACCCUCCAGAUGCUCUCUGGCCUUUCAGACCAGAAAGAUGAUCAAGACAAUGAAGAUGACGAGGACAUUCCCCCUGAGGUGAAGAUGGAACGUGAGAGGGAACGGCGAGUGGCUAACAAUGCCCGCGAGCGUCUCAGGGUACGGGACAUCAACGAGGCUUUUAAGGAGCUUGGGAGGAUGUGCCAGCUGCACCUCAGCCAUGACAAACCUCAGACCAAACUUCUCAUCCUGCACCAAGCUGUCAAUGUCAUCCUCAAUUUAGAACAACAAGUCAGAGAGCGUAACCUUAACCCCAAGGCAGCAUGUUUAAAACGCCGUGAGGAGGAGAAGGUGUCUGGGGUGGUGGGUGAAGCACCCAUGCAGCUCUCAGGAGGCCAUCCUAGUAUGGGAGGAGAUGGCCACAAUCCAGUUGGCCACAUGUAACACCAGAUUUGGUGGUGUUUCCUUGGCUGUCAGAGGAUGUGGCCUUAACAAAUUUCUUCCACCCAUUAUUCUCAGUGUGUGUGUAUAUGUGGACAUGUCUGUGUAUUGUCCGUUCAAGUUUCAAGAUGCACAUUCACACACUCGUACACACAUGCAUACUGCCAAAACUGACACAGCCUGUUUGUCACACUCCCAACCAUGACUACAAGCUCAAAUGUGAAGAACUUUUUUUUAGUUUUGCUUUGUUUUAUACAUUUAAGAUUUUUUUUUUUUUGGUUUCCACAUGAUGAUGGAAUGCCGGAGUACUUUUUGUCCUGCCACAAAUUGGGACUUCACACACUGCCGAGAGGUGCUCUGGUGAAAGAAAGGAGACCUAAACAAACACAAAUUGAAUCAAGGAUUUGUGCCUAAUUGUUACAUGUUUUCUAUUUGACAUUUAAGCAAAUUGCUUUACAUGUGAGGAACAUUAAUUGUAAGGGAUUGCUUAUGUGUAUGAGCAAUUAUUUUUAAUGUAUGUCAUUCCCAGCGUGAUGGUACAGUCUUACAUAUGUUAUGUAACCAAGCCUAUAGUUGCAGUUGAAUUGUCUAAAUUCAGUGGCUUUUCCAGAUUAUCUGCAGAUGUUUAGGGGGGUGGCAGUGACAAGAUCACAAGGAAAGGUCAAAAUUUUUACAGUUCAAAUGCAGCUUACAUGAAAGAUGGGAACUCUGACCUAGAGGCAGUCUCUGACUGGAGCCCGGUCUCAUCCCACAAGGCAUCUGGAGACUUGGAAUUGAAGACUCCUUCCUUGAAGGUUAUGAAUUAUCCAAGUGGUAGAAUCUGUCAACUGCAAAACUGUUCUUCCUCUGUGUUGACCAUGAAUUCUAGUAUUACUCCAGUAGUUCCUUGUCAUAGGUUCAGGUUUUUGUACUGCUUUAUGUACUAAAGCAUUCAUAGACAAGACAAAGCACAGUUGUAUAGGUUUAGGAUGGAAGUUAAGUGUCGACCCGUAGUGCAUUUCAGUCCCUUAAAGUCUUGUAUAAAAGCCAUUUGAGACUCUUGCUAAGUGAUAAGCACCACUCAGUGCUGUUGCUUUCUUGAAAUGGUUUACUGACAAUGCCAGCAGACUUAGCAGUUCCAAGUUUUUUCUCCCCCUUAAUCAAAUUUUUUUGUAAAAGACAAAAAAAAAAAAAAAAAAUCUGGGUUCCUUUGAUGGAGGGAUCUCAUCAGUGCGCAGAUGUUGACGAGUCUUUGUGUAACGAAGGCUUUCUUUCCCUGAACGAGCAUUCCCACUGAAUUACAGCCCUUCACCUUCCUCCUGAGUAAGUCUGUUCUCACGUUUCUUACUGAGAGAAGUGUGAUGUGUAAAUUCACUUCAUACAUUACUCUGAUAUGUUUCAUUUUUCAAAAUUAAAUAUAUAUAAAAAUAUAUAUUUUUUGUUAGUCUAUACAUUGUAGAUUUUUUACAUAAAUGGCAAUAUUAGUUUGAAGUUUAGAGUGUAUUGUAGAUGAGCUGAAUAAGGGGAUAUUUGACAUUUAAAUGAAUUUGUUCAAAAGUUAAUUCAAAAUUGAACCAGGAUGGCAGAGGAAAAAAAAGGGUCAACAGAUGAUAAAAGACAAAUGUUGAAAGCUUUUGGUGUAUCCUUUAUUCCAGUUUUAGUUGUAAGGCAUAUCAUCAGCUACCCAGAUGAGUUCUUUCUUUCCAUUUGGGGGUAUGUGGACAGAGUUUGUGCUACAAUCUUGUUAAAGUGUUAAGACUUUAGCAGUGAGGCGCUGAGGAAAAAUGUGGGAAGGGAUUUUUGUCUCUAACAGUAAUUAUGCAACUGGUUUUUGAAUGUAGCUACCAUACAAAUGUGGAUCGCCUUCAUUUUCAAAGUUGUGUUCCUGGGUUUUGUCAGUACAGUAUAAUAGUUUUCGUUUCACCUUUUUCUAAUGUCUGCCCUCAACCAAGUGGCUCUGUGUGUGCAGCUCACAGUUUUAGUAUGCUGCACAUUUAUUUUGGAGGCAGACGUCGGUAUUUGGGUGUAAGGUAAUGGAUAAUAUGGAGAACAAAACAGUGUUAUUGUGAUGUUAAUCCCAUGUCAUGUUAUCUUGUGACUGGUUUUUACCGACAUGUUAUCACAAAUGGGAGGUAGAGCAUUUUGUGUGAUUAAUUUCUACAAAAAGAGAUGAAGAAAAAGACCUAUACAAGUCAAUAGUGUGGCCUUUUCAUUCUCAAGACUUAAGAUGUCAUGAUGGGAGAGUGAUACCUUAUCAGUGCCUGAACUUGUAUUUUCAUUUAAGUCAGUUUUAUUUUGUGAACCAUAUCAUUUCAUUUAUCAUGGAGAUUAAAGAGGUACUUGUUCAUUCCCCCACCCUCCCUUCUCCUAAUGCUUUUUUCAAUUUUCAGGAAGAAGUUUAAAUGGUAUAAAGAGAUUUUCUUUCAGUGUAUCUAGUUAAAUAAAUAAAUGUUACAUAGAU